AUGCGCCGCCGCUACCAUCAAUGUCGUUCAGGUAUUGUGGCAGUGCGAUCCCUGCUUGCAGCGGCUUCGGCGCUGCUCCUCUUGGUGGUGGCUGACGCAGCUGGUGGCGCCCAUGGUGGCCAGCUGAUCGGGCUGCCCAACUGCACCACCACCUGCGGCCGCGUGAGCGUGCCCUACCCCUUCGGCAUCGAGCCCGGCUGCCAGCUGCCGGGGUUCAACCUCACCUGCAGCAUCACCGGCUACAGCAAGCCGCGGCUGCUCUUCUGGCUCGCCGGUGACCACUACGUCAUCACCAACAUCUCGCUCGACAACUCCACCAUGCGCUUCUGGCCGCGGCAGGAAAUCAAGGUGCCGUCCCUGGUGCCGGAGCCGGAGGAGAAGGUGGUGCUCAACGAGACCACCGACCGCCCGGGCUGCCACCUCUUCUCCAAGCAGCUGGUCAUGGACUGGGAGGUGGGGUCCAGAACGCUGCGCCCGCACGAGGCGCGCCCUGGGGACGCCACGUGCCCUCGGGAUCUUAACAGCACGGCGUGCCACAGCAGCCACAGCACCUGCAGGGCCACCACCGGUCCAUACAAGUUCAAGAGGAACGGCCUCAACCACACCACCGGCUACGUCUGCAAGUGCGACAAAGGUUACCAAGGCAACCCUUACCUCGCCCAAGGAUGCCAAGAUGUCAACGAGUGCGAGCUUUCCGAUACAUGCUUUGGUAAUUGCACAAAUCUACCUGGCACAUUUUUAUGCCAGUGCCCCACGGGAACCGUCGGUGACCCAUCUAUUCGAAAUGGCUGCAUACCACCACAUGAUCUCGAUACAGGGCUAAUCAUUGGGCUAAUCAUUGGCCUAGGAGCUGGGAGUGGCGAGAUUAUCCUGGUUCUAUUUAUAGGCGGCAGAUUUAUAAUACGUAUAAUCCAGAGACGAAGAGAGAAAAGGAUGAGACUAUGGUUUUUCAAGCGAAACCGAGGGCAACUGCUACAGCAACUAGUAUGCCAGAGAGCAGACAUAGCAGAAAGAAUGAUCCUUCCUUUAGAAGAGCUAGAAAAAGCCACCAACAACUUUGAUAAAGCUCGUGAGCUUGGUGGUGGAGGACAUGGCACAGUGUACAAGGGAAUUUUAUCGAGUCUACAUGUGGUGGCAAUUAAGAAGUCAAAGAUAGUCAUACAAAGAGAAAUCGAUGAGUUCAUCAACGAGGUUGCUAUUCUUUCUCAAAUAAACCAUAUAAAUAUUGUGAAGCUUCUUGGGUGUUGCCUUGAGACAGAAGUUCCUUUACUUGUUUAUGAGUUUAUUUCCAAUGGUACUCUUCACAAUCAUCUUCAUGUCGAAGCUUCGGUAUCACUAUCAUGGAAAGAUAGAUUGAGGAUUGCGGUUGAAAUUGCCAAGGCUCUGUCAUAUCUUCAUUCGCUUACUUCAACGCCAAUAAUACAUAGAGAUGUCAAGACUCCUAAUAUACUUCUUGAUGAUAACUUAACAGUAAAGUUAUCGGACUUUGGAGCUUCAAGGUACGCUCCAAUUGAUCAGACCGGGUUGGAUACUACAGUACAAGGAACAUUUGGAUACCUUGACCCUAUGUACCAUAGCACGGGGCAUCUUACUGAGAAAAGUGACGUCUACAGUUUCGGUGUGAUCCUGAUAGAGAUGCUUACCAGAAAGAAGCCCGUUUCAUAUAGAUCCCCUCAAGGUCAUAGUCUUGUAUACCAUUUCAUGACUCUACUGUCUGAAGGCAACUUAUCUCGCAUAUUGGAUCCACAAGUGUCGAAGGAGGGAGAUGGGGAAGUUGUUGACAUUGCUUUGUUAGCGAAGAUGUGUGUGAAGUUUGUAAGCAAGGACCGGCCGACGAUGAGACAAGUGGAGAUCAUGCUCGAAAGUAUUCAUGCGGCAAAGGAGUAUGCCUCGAGCGACAAUAUGACGGAUGAAUCGGAAGAGAGUUACGUUGGACCGAAUGACUUGUCUGUUGGAGGGAAAAGCGUGGGUGCUGCAAGGCAGGAUUGA